UCACGUGCCUGUCAAACCCCAUUCCCUCGCGCAGCCGUCGUCAACACAACUGAGGAAGUAACGAGAAGCUAACCUUGCAAUCGAAAGCCGAAUUGUUACCGCCAAUACAGUGUUUACUAGUUGUAUUAAGUUAACCAAACUUGACUUUAUCGUCAAAGUAACUGACUGCCUUUGUUCGGGUUUCACCUGGCAUGGAGUGAAAGGGAAACAAUGUUUGGGAGCGUUGCCGUUGCUUGCUAACUUCCAAGCUAACAGGCUAACGAUCAGCUGUUGUUUUGGUCGGAGAGCUAGCUAGCUAGCUAGCUGGCUAACAAGCCAUACUGCAUAGCUGCAUAGCGUUACAGAAGUCUGCGAUACCAGGUUUGCCACACCAGAUUUCCUCAUUUCCUGUCGGAACACUUGAACUGCUAGGACGGUUAAUGGCGACAAAUAAAGGCGUCCCACCCUGACAGACUUGUCAGCGGUCAGUCAGUCAGCUGUUGUACGGGUCAGGCGUCAACUCCCGUGUGGGAUCGAUCCAUCCAUCAGAGGGGUCUGUAAUUGAAUCAGCAACAUUGCUUCAAGAUGCAUGACGCGUAUGAACCGGUGCCUAUUUUGGAGAAGCUUCCUCUUCAGAUUGACUGUCUCGCGGCCUGGGAGGACUGGCUGCUUGUGGGAACAAAGCCAGGGCAUCUUCUUCUCUACCGAAUAAAGAAGGAUGCAGGCACCAACCGUUUCGAGGUGACACUGGAAAAAUCCAAUAAGAACUUCUCAAAGAAGAUUCAGCAGCUGUACGUUGUCUCACAGUACAAAAUUCUUGUCAGUCUUCUAGAGAACAACAUCCACGUCCAUGACCUCCUCACCUUCCAACAGAUCACCGUAGUGUCCAAAGCCAAAGGAGCCACGCUCUUCGCCUGUGACCUGCAGCAAACCAGCGCAGGGGAGGAAAGGUUGAGAAUGUGUGUCGCAGUGAAAAAGAAGCUCCAGCUGUAUUACUGGAAGGACAGAGAGUUCCACGAGCUGCAGGGGGAUUUUGGUGCACCAGACAUUCCAAAGUCCAUGGCUUGGUGUGAAAACUCCAUAUGUGUUGGUUUCAAGCGAGACUAUUACCUCAUUCGGAUGGAUGGCCGUGGCUCCAUCAAGGAGCUCUUCCCCACUGGGAAACAGUUGGAGCCUCUGGUUGCCCCACUGGCUGAUGGGAAGGUGGCUCUUGGCCAGGAUGACCUAACUGUAGUGCUAAAUGAAGAGGGCGUUUGCACCCAGAAGUGUGCCCUGAACUGGACAGACAUCCCUAUAGCAAUGGAGCACCAGCCUCCGUACAUCAUAGCUGUGCUCCCUCGGUACGUGGAGAUCCGGACGUUUGAGCCGAGGCUGCUGGUGCAGAGUGUGGAGCUGCAGAGGCCACGCUUCAUCACCUCAGCAGGGCAAAAUAUUGUGUACGUUGCCAGCAACCACUUUGUGUGGCGCCUGGUGCCCGUGUCAAUAGCCACCCAGAUCCGACAGCUUCUUCAGGACAAGCAGUUUGAGCUGGCCCUGCAGCUGGCGAAGAUGAAGGAUGAUUCGGACGGUGAUAAGAAGCAGCAGAUACAUCACAUCCAGAAUCUCUAUGCCUUCAAUCUGUUUUGCCAGAAGAGAUUUGAUGACUCCAUGCAGGUGUUUGCCAAACUGGGCACAGAUCCCACCCAUGUGAUUGGCCUGUACCCAGACCUGCUCCCGUCGGACUACCGCAAACAGCUGCACUAUCCUAACCCUCUGCCUACUCUGUCCGGGGCAGAGCUGGAGAAGGCUCAUCUCGCUCUCAUCGAUUACCUCACCCAGAAACGCAGCCACCUGGUGAAACAGCUGAAUGACUCUGACCCUUCUACAACGUCUCCGCUCAUGGAGGGCACGCCUACUAUUAAAAGCCGCAAAAAGCUCCUGCAGAUCAUCGAUACCACCCUGCUGAAAUGUUACCUGCACACCAACGUGGCCCUGGUGUCGCCUCUCCUUCGUCUGGAAAACAACCACUGCCACAUCGAGGAGAGCGAGUACGUCCUGAAAAAGGCCCAUAAAUACAGCGAGCUCAUUAUUCUCUAUGAGAAGAAAGGCCUGCACCAGAAAGCUCUGCAGGUGCUGCUGGACCAGUCCACCAAGGCCAACUCUCCACUGAAGGGCCAUGAGCGAACGGUGCAGUACCUUCAAAGACUGGGAGUGGAGAAUUUGGGAAUAAUCUUUGAGUUUUCUCCCUGGGUGUUGAAGAUCUGUCCUGAGGAUGGCUUGAAGAUCUUCACCGAGGACCUGACAGAGGUGGAGACUCUGCCCAGAGACAAGGUGCUGAACUUUCUGAAGGAGGGCUUUAAGGAGCUCGCCAUCCCAUAUUUGGAGCACAUCAUUUACGUGUGGGAUGAUAAGGGCCCGGAGUUUCACAAUGUGCUGAUCCAGCUCUACCUGGAGAGGGUUCAAGGCCUCAUGAAACAGUACCUCAACUCACUGCCAGAAGGAGUUCCAGCUGUCGCUGCGGGGAAGGAGGAAGGUGAUCUGGGAGAGUUCAGGAACAAGCUGCUGUCCUUCCUGGAUAUUUCUACCAGCUAUGAGCCAGCCAGACUCAUCAGUGACUUUCCCUUUGACGGUCUGCUGGAGGAACGGGCUCUGCUGCUGGGUCGGAUGGGUAAACACGAGCAGGCGCUCUUCAUCUAUGUGCACAUCCUGAGAGACACACGCAUGGCUGAAGAAUACUGUCACGGCCAUUACAACAGUUCAGUCGAAGGGAAUAAAGAUGUUUAUCUGUCCUUGCUGCGAAUGUACCUGUCACCUCCCGACGUCCACUGCCUGGGGCCCAUCAAGAUGGAGCUGUCGGAGCCUCAGGCCAACCUGCAGGCGGCCCUGCAUGUCCUGGAACUGCACCACAGCAAACUCAACACCACCAAGGCCAUCAAUCUGCUCCCAGCAAACACCCAGAUCCGAGAGAUCCAGGUUUUCCUGGAGAGCGUCCUGGAGGAGAGGGCGCAGAGGAAACGCUGCAACCAGGUGCUGAAGAGUCUGCUGCAGGCCGAGUUCCUCAGGGUGCAAGAGGAGCGAAUCUUCCACCAGCAGGUUAAAUGUGUCAUUACAGAGGAGAAGACCUGCAGAGUCUGCAAGAAGAAAAUAGGAAACAGUGCGUUCGCCAGGUAUCCCAACGGCGUGGUGGUGCAUUACUUCUGCUGCAAAGACCGCAGCGCGUGUCCCACCGAGCAGUAACCGCUCGCCACCUUGACGACAACUUGUCUACUCAUUAAUAAUCCCCUCUCCCUCUCCGUGGAUGGCAACGCCGGGGACAUCCCUGAACUAGAAAUGUGAUCGGAAGGUCGAAGGGUGCUCGAGUUAAUUGCCAGGCUGCGGCACCCCCAACAGAACUACAAGUGCAGCCGUUGCGCGGGCACCGAUGUUGUCACGCUCUAGCCGCUGAGCAGAACAAGACCUCUCUCCGAAAUUCAAAGGCUGAGACUUUCCUUUCUCUCUGUGCAUGAAGUAGCAGGAGGAAUGUCCCCGGUUCGCUCAACAGGAGGGGGAGAAAUGAAGAGAACCCAGUGGGUUAGAGCGUGACAUUUUGAAGAAAAAAAAAAAGCACGUGUCACUGUAACACUAGAAGGGAUUCACUUCCCUUCGCCGUCUCCUCGGGAGAAAACGGGCGCUAUCGACAGACGGCCACAGAGGAAGAGGAGUUGUUGCUCGUCCUCACCGUGAGAUGAUUACAAGCCUUGGUUUUUUAAUUUUUUUUUCCCUCCCUUCCCGCCUCUCACCGUCUCCCACUCCUCCUGUCAGACUGGGAGAGGCCUCAAACGCCGCUUGACACGCCACAUACGCUCUGCAGGAGUCCAGUUAAAUGCCUUGUGUGACUCUGAAGAUUGUACUCACAGUGAAGUCACAUGUCUGUCAUGAUUUGCGCCAGCAUGUGCCGGUACUGACUUAGUUUGACUGUUGUUGUAUUUUUUAUUCAAACGUUUGAGGCGGCUUCUCCAACUAACAUUACUCACAGCAGUGUUCUUUUCCCCAUUUAGUGUCUUUACAGUGCGCCAAUGAUUUCUACCAGACAUUAUGCUCUCUUUAAUGCUUUUUUUUUUGGGUUUUUUUAAAGCACUCAUCUGUCUCAUUUGUAUUCAUUUUUUUGUGUUAUGUUUUUCUCUCCCAGACAUUAAAGGUUUCCGAAGUAGAAUCAUUUAAAGUGAGACUGUGUAACUUUUGAACAGCACCCGAGGUGGCCACAAGUGGCAAUUCCAGAAUAAUCACAUAACCCUACAUUUCCCCCGUGCUUUAAACACGUCAUUGUAGAGCUGCCGUUAUUAGCCAAUUAGUUGAUUAAUCUGCAACUACUUCGAUAAUCAUUUGAGUCAUUUUCUUAAGCAAAAAUGUCCAAAUUCGCUGGUUCUAGCUUCUCACGUGAGGAUUUGCUUCUUUUCUUCGUCAGAGUGUGACAGUCGCUUACAUUUUUUUAGGUUUCGGACCGUUGCUCGGAUAAAAUAAGCAAAUUGAAGACAUCACCGUGAGCUUGGAGGAAUUGCUUUGUGUUUUAACAUUUUACAGACUUAACGAUUAAUCGAGUAAAUAGUAGCAGCCCUACAUCGCUGUGACAGUGACACUGUUCCAGGAGCACAAGUGGAGAUGAGUCUGCUAACAUUAGCCACUGAUCAUACCAGAUCAUGUCAGGCUGCAGCAGCAAAACAAGCUGUGUGUGUGUGUGUGUGUGUGUGUGUGUGUGUGUGUG